GGCAAGGGGUGGAUCCUGGAAGGGCCUUGUAUUUGGUUCAGUGACGAAUUACAGAAGGAUGUAAGCAGGAGAGGAACUUCGGAUCUGUGUUCAGAUGACAGUAUAACAAUAGGGAGCUAUGUGCCAGAUGCUGUGCUAAGUGUGCCAUUCAUGAUCUCAUUGAGUUUGCACUUUAUGAAGGACGUACUGUUUAUUCCCAUUUGCAGAUAAGGAAAUUGAGGCUUAGAGGUUAAGGCAUUUGCCCAGAAGUCGUCUGACUAGAGAGUGAUACAGCCAAGAUUUCAGCCCAGGUCUGUCUGACUCUUGUCCCAAAGGUAUUGAUGGGAGGAGUAAUGAGGAGACAGAAACAACAAGAUUUUGUGGCCUGCCCAGUGGGGAAAGAAGGGAGUUAUGGUUGGGGAGUCAGGGGUGAGGUGUCUAGCCCAGGUGGCUGGUGUUGGCUUGUGAUGUUUUCAGUCAGGAUAUAAGAGCACACAUAAGCUAGGAUUAAAGCGGGGGUUGAUGAGCUCAAUUUGGACAUGUAGAAUUUAUGGUACCUUUGCAUCCUCCUGGUGGAGCUGGCUGUAAAUGUCUAGAAGCAUGGGUGUAGAGCUUCUAGAGCUCAGGAAUGGAGACAGACAGCACAUGGUGCUAAUUGGAGCCCUGGGAAGAGAGGAGGUGACCCCCAGGGAGGGAAGAGAAGGAAGGGCGAGUUCCAAAGUCUUAGGAAAUAUCCACAGUUAAGGAGAAGGGUGAAGAGCCCUCAGGGUUAGACUCAGGGCCUGUGGGCUCAGCACUGUUGGCCAAUACGCCUCAGCCUUGACUGUCCUCAGGGCCUCAGCUGCCAAGCUCCCCUGGAAGGGAGUGGGCCACUGUGGCCUGGAGAUGGAGAGGGUGUGGACAGCCAUGGUAUGUGUCUGAAUCACCCCCUUCUCUCCCUUGGCCCGUGGCCAGCCUCCUCCUCAGACCAGUGUGAUUUCAGACCUGGGAUGACCUGAAGGUGUGGGGUUACCUGGUACAGUUCCCUCUGGGAUGAAGUCCCAAGGGGAACCAGCCUGGCCUUGGUCCAGAAGCUUGGGCGCUGCACACAGAGGGGGCCUGGAGAAGAGGGAGGGCAGAGAUGGGAGAGAGCUGGCCUGGCAUAUAUUCCUGAGAAUACGCCUCCUGAGUGUUCCUGCAGCUGCUCCCAAAACCAGUUUCUGCCAUAGCUGCAGUAAGAUGCAGAGGAGCUUCUGCCUAGAAUAAACACCCUGCCUGGCAGGGUCAUCCCCUUUGCCAACGUGCUUCUGCUGGAGAAGGAGCUUUUGAAGAGAGCGAGCCUUAUGGGAACUCACCUAGUGCCCACCCGGGGUCUCCUUCCUCAGUCUUGAGAACCUGAAAUUCAGGAGCUGAGACCACUGCCCACCGCUCCCCUCCUCGGGCCAGAGCCCCGGUGACCUGGUCAGGGGGUCCAGCUCCGUGGAGAUGCCAGCAGCUCGUCGGUUCCCUGGCCUAGAGCUCUCCUUCCCUCUUCUGGCCAGACUCCGGCGGAGACUCUACACAAGGCUGGGGAGCGGCAGCAUGCAGCCGGAGGAGGGCACAGGCUGGCUGCUGGAGCUGCUGUCCGAGGUGCAGCUGCAGCAGUAUUUCCUGCGGCUCCGUGACGACCUCAACGUUACCCGCCUGUCCCACUUUGAGUAUGUCAAGAAUGAGGACCUGGAGAAGAUUGGCAUGGGCCGGCCUGGCCAGCGGCGGCUGUGGGAGGCUGUGAAGAGGAGAAAGACCGUGUGCAAACGCAAGUCCUGGAUGAGCAAGGUGUUCAGUGGAAAGCGGCUGGAGGCUGAGUUCCCCCCUCAUCACUCUCAGAGCACCUUCCGGAAGACCUCACCCACCCCCGGAGGCCCAGCAGCGGAGGGGUCCCUGCAGAGCCUCACCUGCCUCAUUGGGGAGAAGGACCUGCAUCUCUUUGAGAAGCUGGGAGAUGGCUCCUUUGGCGUGGUGCGCAGGGGCGAGUGGGACGCCCCCUCGGGGAAGACGGUGAGUGUGGCUGUGAAGUGCCUGAAGCCUGAUGUGCUGAGCCAGCCAGAGGCCAUGGACGACUUCAUCCGGGAGGUCAAUGCCAUGCACUCGCUUGACCACCGAAACCUUAUUCGCCUCUACGGCGUGGUGCUCACGCCGCCCAUGAAGAUGGUGACAGAACUGGCACCUCUGGGAUCGUUGUUGGACCGGCUGCGCAAGCACCAGGGCCACUUCCUCCUGGGUACCCUGAGCCGCUACGCUGUGCAGGUGGCUGAGGGCAUGGGCUACCUGGAGUCCAAGCGCUUUAUUCACCGUGACCUGGCCGCCCGCAAUCUGCUGUUGGCCACCCGUGACCUGGUCAAGAUCGGGGACUUUGGGCUGAUGCGAGCACUGCCCCAGAAUGACGACCACUACGUCAUGCAGGAGCAUCGCAAGGUGCCCUUUGCCUGGUGAGGGGCAGGCGCUGCCGGCUCACGGGGCCUGGACCCCCUCCCGCCCCGCCCUGGUCCCUACACACCUAGGCCUCAGAGCUUCCAGGGCCUUCCAUACACCCACCAGCCCUUGUUUCUUCUGGGCCCGGGGUGCCCUUGUUGUGUGCCCA